CUUUUGUUUCCGGAUCUGACAUGGUGGCCCACACAAUCUACAACAUUAACAAAAAGGUCACUUAGAGAUAAAACACGUUUGACAAGUGAAGAACAAGGCAAGUGCUUUAGGGGUCGCGUCCAAUUCCUGACCUGGACUCCAACCAGAACAGGCGCUGAUCCUGGAAGGGUUGGACGAGAGGAAGGACUUUCACUUUCUCACGUUUAGAUUUGCUGAACCCAGUCCUUUUUCUUCCCUUGAAACACCGAUCUGCCCCAGUCCCUAAACAGAUGCGUCAGAUAGUCUUUAAUGACCUGCUCUUACGAGGUAUAUGUAAAGCAGGUUUUCUUCGGUAUCCCCCCCCCCCCUUUCCCCUCCAAGAGGUACCCUUUAAAUCUUGCAGCGCAGUGUCCUACAUUAGUCAGGACUGUGAAGAAAUUCCAGAAUUCCUAGGAAGAAAAUACGGACACAUGGCAAAAAGGCUAGAUCUUAGCUUCAACUUGCUAAGGUCACUAGAAGGACUGAAAACAUUCAGUUACUUGGAAGAACUGAUCUUGGACAACAAUCUACUUGGAAAUGACCUUCUGUUACCCAGGUUACCCCACCUCCAUACCUUAACCCUCAACAAGAACCAAAUAUCAGAAUUAGAAAGCCUUUUGGACCAUUUGGCUGAAGUUGUGCCCUCACUACAGUAUCUCAGUUUGCUUGGAAACAUUGCUUGCCCAAAUGAACUGGUCUGCAAAGAAAAGGAUGAAGAUGACUACCAGAGAUACAGAUAUUUUGUCCUGCACAAAUUGACAAACCUGAAAUUUCUUGAUACUCGGAAAGUAACCAGGAGGGAGCGAGAGGAAGCCUUGAUAAGAGGUGCCUUCAUGAAAGUGGUUAAGCCCAAGGAUGUGAAGGCAUUUUGGGGAAAUGUCGCUACAUUUACUACGGAAAACAUUCCGAGGGCAACAGAUUCAUCCGAGAUGACCAGCUCUAAACCACAGUGCUGUUCCGCGCCUCUUCAAUCCCUCCACAUAAGAAGCACAAAUCACAUCUACAUUUUAAGCAUGCAACUAAAGUCCUCUAGUGCCUUCUGCUGACUUUGCCAAGCCUGUCAAGAUCAUCCUUCUAUCUUAGUCUGAGUAGUCACACAGAGAUUGACAUGAUUGCCUUUAAGCAGGUCCCAUCCACCAGUGUGACAGACAGCUGCAGCCGAGCACCCGGCCUGGCAGGGGGAGCACGGUGAUGGAUUGCCUGGUCCGGGCUGCUCGCAGGAGAGCAGGGUCACACCUGGGGCUGGACUGAGCCCGCUCCAUCCGCGGCGCCUCCCAAAGCACCGCCUUUAUCUCUGCCCGGCCUGUUGAGCCAGAGUGGAUGCUGAUACCAAAGUGUUUAUAAAAGAGAGAGGCUGUAAUUUCAGAUGAAAAAGCCCUUAUCUGUUAUUUUUUUUUCCCUGUGAAUUAAGUGCUUGUGUUUCUAUCAUCUCAUACAUGCUUACACAAAUCCUUUCACAGUUUGUAGUACACCCACCCACACCCAAAAUGAGCCUAGAUGGAUUAUUUUUUCUUUCAGCAGGGAAAAAUAUACAUCCAGAAAACAUUUUGGCCAUGCAGAGCACUGUCAAUUUGAUAUAUGUUUAUAUGCAAAGGAAAAGGAUUUUAGUAAUUUCCCAGACAAACAAAUUUUUCUAAUUCUUGAAUCACAUCUCAUUGUUUACUAGCUCUUGCUUUCAGAAAAGUGAACAUUUCUUUAUGUUUUAAAAUAAUGUCAUAGCUUAACUGUUUACACUUGGAAGAAGGGUUAAUGAUAUUGAGAGUGUGUAUUAUUCCUGGUUUAUUGCACAAGCUAUUUUUAACUUUUAGGGAUUAUGUUUAUAAUUAAAUGCUUAAAUUUGGGGAAAAAAGUGCUUAAAAGGAGUGAUACAAAUCUGCCAACCGAUGGGUGUGAUUAUUCAGAGGGAAAAAGGUCAACAAAAGUAACUGGUGGAAUUAACAUAAUUAACAGCUUUACUAAUAUAUUGGAGAGACGAUACCUACCUUUUGAUAUCUAUGUAAGAAAGGCUAUUGUCAAAUUUUCAGUCAAGAAAAUAAAAAGGCAUGGCAAAUUUUCUGCUUUUCUGAUAGAGAGGUUGGACAUAUUUAGAAUCAUCAACUUGUUACCGUGGAAAAAAAUUAACUCCCAUACUUCAUGCAUAUAUUGUGUUAAAUUCUACUUGAUACAAUGUGAUUGGCCAAGGAAUAUGCAAAAAUUCAGAUUUCUUGGCUGUUCCAAACCCAUUCAUGUUGAUCCCAGUUGAGAGCUAUCAAUGCCUAGCUGUUCUUGGUUUGUUUGAAAUUACUUGGUGAUCUCUAUUCACUUUCCUAGUUAAAAAAAAUAAAAUAUGAGUCUUUAGAAACUGUCGACCUUGGGGGCUUUUAUCAGCUGGCAUUACAGGUGGAAGUGAACUGAGCAUGGAAGGCAGUUGUGAAAGCAGAUGUGACUGAUGAAAUAGUGAGGCACUGGCCGAGUGCCAAAGGAAAGCUUGCUGCUGCUCAGCAUUUUAGGCCUCACUCAGUAAACGGAAGCCUUUGCUCACUCUGCAAGUAUAUAAUAAAUCUUUAACAGAUACUUAAAACCACCGAUGAACAUAGAAUGAUGCAGUUCACACCACUUGUAGCUCAAAUGGAGCUCUGAGCUGUCUGAUUGGUGUCUGGAAAGCACAUUCUAGCCACUUGCCAAGCCUCUUCUAAUGUCAUACAUGACCACAAAUGAAAGGCCAAUUCACAUUGCAUCCGAGGAGAUAUCAGAUAGAUGAAAACUUUAAUCAAAAAUAUUAAUAGAAAUAUUUAGGGCACUUGUCAUCUGUUUUGGUUACCAAAAUAACAGCAACCUUAGUUUGUUCCUAUCAUGAUGGCUGUUUUGCAGCCUCCACACAUUUUGGCUAUGGCAAUGUUAUAGGCAGCAGGAUUUGGAAUAAGGAUGUUUAGAAUAACCUAAUGUCACUUUCAGUCUGUUUGCAUAUAUGUUCUUGUCUUUAUAAAAGGCUUUAACCCUGCCUCAAACAAUAAACAGCACUUGCAAACUGA